AUACUGUCUUUAUAAGAACCCAGAGACUGAUAUUGCAGAACCUGCUUCCGCCGAGCUCAGAAGAAGAGAAGAGAAGAAGGAGGAGGCAUCUUCAUCACCAAGAUGGUUAAAGGACGCCAAGGAGAACGUGUUAGACUUUAUGUCAGGGGCUCAAUUCUUGGAUACAAGAGGUCCAAGUCAAAUCAGUACCCAAAUACUUCUCUCAUCCAGAUUGAGAAUGUAAACUCCAAGGAAGAAGUUGCGUGGUACGCUGGGAAGCGCAUGGCUUACAUUUACAAAGCCAAGGUAAAGAAGAACGGUAGCCACUAUCGAUGCAUUUGGGGUAAGGUCACCAGACCUCAUGGUAACAGUGGUGUCGUUAGAGCUAAGUUCAAGUCAAAUCUGCCGCCAAGAUCGAUGGGAGCAAGGGUGAGAGUGUUUAUGUAUCCAAGCAAUAUAUGAGAUUGUCAGGACUCGUUGGUCGUGGGGCUUGUUUAUCUGGAUACUUAACACAUUUGCAUUAUGCGAGUUAAUUUUUUAUGUUUCUUUUUAGCUCGUGAGCAGAAUUGUAUCUCGUUUAGGAUGACGAAUGAAUCGUAUGUUUCUUCGUCAAGGAGGAUUUCGAGUCUCAAUUUUAUAAAUGGAUUUUUUACUCAA